UCUCUCUCUCUCUCUCUCUCUCUCUCUCUGCAACUAUUUCAUCUCCAUCCACAAGCUUCCAAAGAAAUAGAAUUAAUGGAAAGUGAGAUUUGCAAGGUUUAUUCUCCCGAUUUUUCUGGGAAUAUCAUAUCUCUACUAGGAUGAAAUGAAACUGCAUCAAACAAAAGCCCACCACAUGAUCAUCAUCAUCAUCAGCCGCUGCAAGACGUUCAUGUUCAUGGGUGUCUCUCUCUUUCUUAAUUAUACCACUACCCCAAUUAGUACUAGCUCAAAACAUUCCUCCCAUGGCACCAGCAGCAGAUCUCACUUCCCCAUCUAAACCCCAGAUCAUUCAAGACUUAGUUUCUUUAUCAACUCAUGGCUCAAGCUGAGGCCUCCAAUCAGUAUUAUUUCUCCUUUGGGUUGGUGGGUUGCUCAAAAUGACCAUGGUUCCUGCUGCUCAUCAAAACUUAUCCAAACAACAUCAUCGAUAUCUUUACAGUGGUUAUGGUGGAUGCGGUGCCAAUUACAACACGGCAGAAGAUCAGAGCUUCGGUCUUAUGAGUACUACUAGUCAAGUCGAAGAAGGUUAUGAGUAUAAUUAUUAUUGUUGUAAUAAUAACAGCAGCAACAACAAUAAUAAUAUUAACAGUAUCGUUACGGAAUCUGAUCAUCUUCAUCACCAUCUUGUGGCGAUUGAUCCAAUGGCUGAGGAUGAGUCGAGAACCAACAGUGUAAACGAAGCCGGUUCAAGUUCAAAGGAUGCUCCAGAUGACAGGGACAACGAAGGAUGGCUCCAAUUGACUAUAGGCGGCUCCAACAAUCAUCAACCAGCUGCAACCGUAGACCAAACCCCCAGAGGCUUAAGGGACACUCUUUCUGGUCCCGGUUUGAUUGAGCUCGAUCUAUUACCACCUGGCCAUGACGCUGCUCUUUCAUCAUCCAUACGACAAGUCAGGUCUAUGUCGUCUAUGCAGCAUCAUCAUAUGCCUCCAAUGUUUCUUGUUCCUCCAGAAAUCCGUCCUCUUUCUUCUUCUUCUUCCGCUAGGCUGCCGUUUCAUUCGAAUUUCUCUACGAGUGCUACAUCUUUAUACUUUCAACACCCGGGGCCGGGAAUGAGCAGCUCCUCAUCGAGUUUGUUUCCUCACCACGAGGGCAACUGGCAAUUCAGGCCAACUGUCCCUCAUAAUAAUAUAGGGAUGGCUUCAACCUCUUCUUCUUCUUAUUCAACUUCCUCUUUCACACAACUGGGUUCCCCCUAUUUUCCUCGUCCGCUUCAUCAUCAGUAUCAUCACGACAUGAAUGUUGCUGGGCCAAGCUUAGAUUUCAGAGUUGUUGAUCCUCCCAGGAGGCCCCAGUCGGGCAUUUGGUUUAUGCUCCAAGCAUCCCAGAAUCAAGAAAAAGAACCGUUCUUGCCACAGAUACCCAAAAGCUACCUAAGAAUCAAGGAUAGAAGGAUGACAAUCCGGUUGAUAAAGAAGUAUCUGGUUAACAAGCUGAGACUGGAUAGCGAAUCAGAGGUAGAGAUAACAUGUAGAGGACAGCAGCUUCUACCUUUCUUGACGUUGCAGCAUGUAAGAGAUAACAUAUGGAGUCUAAGGGACGCACCGGCUUUGCUUCCAGACUCCUCAACCACAGCCACUGAUCAUGUCAUGGUGCUGCACUACGCUAGGACGGCCUCCACUUCUGCUUCAAACUGAUCUCACUUUUUUUUCUCUCAUCAUUUUAUUUGAUCAUCAUCGGGUCCCAUCCAUGUUUGCAUCAUUGUUUAUUUAAUUAUGUAAACCCCUCCUCGGCCCUCUCCUCUUUUUGGCAUUCUUUUUCUUUUUUUCUUUCUCUUUAAUUUAUAUAUUGGUUUUCUUUUUUUUUCGUUUUGGUUCUUCACUUCUCUAAUUGAUGGAGAAAAGAAAAUAGUUGGGUGGGAAUACCCCAAAAGCAAUGUUAAUUAUGGUUUUGGGGUCGAAUAACAUUAACCCAAAUUAAUGUAUCUCAAAGCUACAGGCA